AUGGAGGUAGUGCAUCCUCAUGAGGAGAAGCAGACAGAAUGUGCCAAAGAAGGAGAGGAGAGACAGGGACAAGGGGCUAUGUUAUGGUCCAUCCGGGAGGCAGUGGCGAGGCAGACCAUGCAGAUCUGCCUAUGGGGCAACGGCCAUAGCACCACACACGCGCAGCUGAUAGCUGGGGCAGAGCAGGCCAGUGGUGGGCAUGUGCUGGGUUGCCACUUCCCCCUCCUAACGCCGGCGGGUGAGGCUGGUACCCUGGCUGGCACGGUGGAUCCAGAAAGGGGCAGUGCCCGUGGCAACCAUGAACAUGCAGCUGGCAUGGCACCACCAACUCAUCUUUGGGAUCGGACCCAACGCUGUCUAUAUGACCAACCCCGUGGAUGUGGGGCCAGUUUUCCUGCUCUGGUGGUGAAGGCCAGUGGCCUGGCUGCAGGGAAGGGUGUCAUUGUGGCCAAGGACCAGGAGGCCUGCCAGGCUGUGCUGGACAUAAUGAAGGACAAAAUGUUCGGCUAUGCCGGGGAGACUGUGGUGGUGGAGGAACUGCUGGACAUAGAAGAAGUGUCUUGUCUGUGUUUCAGUGAUGGCUGCACUGUGUCCCCCAUGCCCCCGGCCCAGGACCACAAAAGCCUGCAGGAUGGGGACCUGGGCCCCAACACCGGCGGCAUGGGGGCCUACUGCCCCACCCCUCAGGUGUCUCAGGAGCUUUUGCAGCAGAUCAGAGAGACUUUCCUGCAGAAGACUGUGGAUGGCAUGAAGGAGGAGGGUGCCACCUAUGUGGGUGUGCUGUACGCUGGGCUGAUGUUGACCAAGCAGGGGCCAAAGGUCCUGGAGUUCAACUGUCGCUUCGGCGAUCCAGAGUGUCAGGUGCUGAUGCCCUUGCUGAAGAGUGACCUGUACGAGGUGCUCCAGAGCACUCUGCAGGGGAAGAUGGCAUCCAGCGCCCCUGUGUGGCACCAGGACGGCUCUGCAGUUACUGUGGUCAUGGCCAGCCCUGGCUACCCUGGCUCCUAUAAGAAAGGUGUCGCAAUCACAGGUGGAGAGGGGCUUGUGCGAGGAGGAGAUGGGGCGCACCUUCAACUGGCCUUGGGGCUAACGGAGCGUCUCAAGGGGAUAGCAGCGGCAACGUCCCCCUGCAAGAGGGCCAGGGUGGGCGUCCUCAUCUCAGGCACAGGCACCAACCUGCAGGCACUGAUGGAGCAGGCCAAGAGUACGUCCAGCUCAGCAGAAAUCGUGGUGGUAAUCUCCAACCGGCCGGAGGUCUUGGGCCUCAAAAGAGCCUCUUUGGUCGUCAUUCAGACACGGGUGAUUGACCAUAAGCUGUACGGUAGUCAAGCAGAGUUUGACGGCACCAUUGACCGCAUGCUGGAGGAAUUUGACGUGGAGGUGGUGUGUCUCGCUGGCUUCAUGAGGAUCCUCACAGGGUCCUUCGUCAGAAAAUGGAACGGAAAACUGCUUAACAUCCAUCCAUCCCUGCUGCCCAAAAAGCAGGCUCUGCAGGCGGGGGCACGGGUCACCGGCUGCACCGUCCACUUUGUGGCUGAAGAGGUUGAUGCCGGUGACAUCAUUGCUCAGGAGGCAGUGCCUGUGUUGAUGAAUGAUACUGAGGAGAGCCUAUCAGAUCGCAUCCGGGAGGCGGAGCACCGGGCCUUCUCUGCUGCCCUGGAGCUGGUGGCCGCGGGUGGCGUGAGCCUGGGGGAUGACGGAUGCAUUGUCUGGAACCCAAACGCACAGUGCUAAACCUCACCACAGUACCACCACACCCUGGCCCCCAUCCCCAAAAUACCUU